AUGGCAAAGGGGCCAUUAGAGAACAAGCUCCAAUUUGAGAAAAAGAACAAAGACCUUAUCAAACUCCCAAAACAUGCCAAAGUAGAAAAGCGCCCCAUACCUCAUGCGCCAGUCGCGUCCCCGUACGCCGGCGCCUCGGUGCCCAAGAUUGUCUACGUCUCCAAGACGACGCCGUUCAUGAGCGCCGUCAAGCGCGUCCAGAAACUCCUCCUACAGGCCGAGAAGCGCGCCACUGCGAACAUCAACCUUGAAGAUACGCGCAAGAGUGAGAAACAGAUACUCGAGGAGCUGUCGAAGGUGUCAGAGAAGCGCGAGGAAGUUUUUGUGAAGGCAACAGGACGGGCUAUCGAGAAGGCAUUGAACGUAGCCAAAUGGUUCGAAGAAAAGGGAACCGAGUACACAGUCCGUGUCAAUACGGGAAGUGUGGUUGUUGUAGAUGAUAUCGUUGAGGAUGAAGAAAUGAAAGCAAAAGAGGAACAGAAGCGACAGCGUCAGGAAGAGCAAAGCCCAACUGACCAGGGAGAUACGGCUUCCAAGCCGCAAUCUAAGUCAGCCGCAAAGAAGAGGAAACGUCAGGCUGCCGCUGCAGAAGAUGACGCCGAGCUUCCCGAGAGUCGGACAAGAUGGAUCAAAAUGGUCGAGGUCGCUGUCAGUUUGAAGUGA